AUGCAGUACUGUAAUGUCAUCAUUUAUUCAUACCACUACCUCCUCGACCCCAAGAUCGCAGAACGCGUCUCGAGGGAACUUUCGAAGGACUGCAUUGUCGUGUUUGACGAAGCUCACAACAUUGAUAAUGUGUGUAUCGAGUCUUUGAGUACAGAUAUUACUGAGGAUUCUCUUCGCAAGGCCACAAGAGGAGCUAGGAAUUUAGAACGCAAGGUUGCCGAGCUCAAGGAAACGGACCAGGAAAAGCUUCGAACCGAAUAUGAGAAGCUAGUACAGGGCCUGCGAAGUGCGGAAGAAUCACGUAGGGAAGAUGCUUUUAUGGCCAAUCCAACACUUCCGGAUGAUCUUCUGGAAGAGGCUUUGCCCGGAAACAUUCGACGAGCGGAGCAUUUUGUGACUUUUCUAAAGCGUUUUAUCGAGUACCUUAAGACGAGAAUGAAAGUUCGCCAGGUUAUUUCGGAGACGCCUCCUUCUUUUCUUGCGCAUCUUAAAGAGCACACAUUCAUCGAGAAGAAGCCAUUGCGAUUUUGUGCGGAAAGACUUGCGUCGCUUGCCAGAACCCUCGAGCUCACCAAUAUUGAGGAUUACCAGCCCUUGCAGGAAGUCGCUACAUUCGCUACACUUGUCGCCACGUAUGAAUCGGGGUUUCUCCUCAUCUUAGAGCCCUUCGAAUCAGAUACUGCAGAGAUUCCUAACCCUGUACUCCACUUCGUCUGCUUAGAUGCUGCUAUCGCUAUAAAACCCGUUUUUGAGAGGUUUAGAUCUGUUAUCAUCACGUCAGGCACAAUUUCACCCUUAGAGAUGUAUCCCCGGAUGCUCAAUUUCUCUACUGUCGUCCAAGAAUCAUAUAGCAUGUCGCUUGCGCGAAGGUCCUUUCUACCUAUGAUCGUGACGCGUGGCAGCGACCAGGCGUCUAUAUCAACGAGUUUUCAAGUCCGAAACGAACCCGGAGUUGUGCGGAAUUAUGGGACUCUGCUCACCGAGUUCGCCAAGAUCACCCCGGAUGGUAUGGUGGUCUUCUUCCCCUCCUACCUGUACAUGGAAUCCAUCAUUAGCAUGUGGCAGGGAAUGGGCAUUUUAGACGAUAUUUGGAAGUACAAAUUGAUUCUUGUCGAAACCCCAGAUGCUCAAGAGACAUCGUUAGCUCUGGAAACGUACCGCACCGCCUGCUGUAAUGGCCGGGGUGCGGUCCUCUUAUGCGUUGCCCGGGGUAAGGUGUCAGAAGGUAUCGACUUCGAUCACCACGAUCUAAUGAAGCAUAAGGAGGCCGCGGAGUUAGAGAGAAUACGGGAAAUGGAGGUCCAGGCCAAGGCACCGACAAGGCUGACGACGGCAGUGGAUGAUGAUUACGGAAUGGACGAUGGACUCGAUGAUGAUCUGAUGGAUAUUGAUGGGUUCUGA